AUGCCUCAACAAAAUCCUACAAUAACACCUAGUUAUAGUCAUUAUCACUUAAUACCUGAUAUGCUUUCAUCAUAUAUUCCACUUCAAUUAGCUGAUAAAAUUUUAUUUAUUGGUGAAUCAUGGCUUAUAUUAAAAACAAAUGAUGAGGAUAAUGAUAAAAAUUUUUUAUCAAUAAAUUCAAUUGAUUAUAAUGAACAAAAUCAUCGUAUACAACAACAAUUGUAUACAUUAACACUUUCUGAUGAUUUUAAUAUAUUUGAAUUAGAACGUAUUAUUGAACAUACAAGAAUUGAUUUAUCAUUAACAUUAAGAAAUUUAUUUGUUGAUCAUUUUCAUUUAUGUAAUGAACUUGAACAAAUACGAGGAUUUUAUUUAAUUGAACAUGGUAAACUUUUUUCAUUAUUUGUUAAUCGUACAAGUCAAUUAUUAUUAAAUAUUGAAACAUCUACAAAUGCUAUUGAAAAUGAUACAAAUGAAAUUUUUAAACAAUGUUUAAAUGAUUUACAGUUAGAAUCUAUAUUAACAAAUGCUGAUAAAUUUAAAUUUAAACUUAAUUUUAUACAUAAUAAUAAUUCUACACAAGUAAAGAAGAUAGAUCUUUCUUUUUUCAGGACUGUAUCUAGAUAUUUCGUUCCGAAGGGUGGAGCCUAUUGCAUAGGGUCAGGUCCAGGACCGAUCCGAGAAAUGCUCACUUUGAUAGCAUGGACCAAUUACAGCUUUAUUCUUACAAGAUUGCCUGAGAAGUACUAGUCACUGAAUAUAAAUAAUCGAAAAAAAAAUUUCUCGUACCUUCGGAGCGACUAAUCUCCACGUCAAAGAACAUAUUCAAACUACGAUCCUUUUAAAGUCUCAAUUGCAUCUAAGUUGUCAUGGAUGAGUGCUUAUGUUGUUCAGCAUAUAUUAAAUAGAAACUGUGCUUAAAUCUCGGUAUCACUAGCCAUGGAAUGAUCCUGGACAAAUCACUAACAACUAUUUGUCUCGAAUUAUUCAUCCGAUGGUGUGCUGGCUAACAAGAGAACACCACGAACUGAUAAAUCGCUUUUUAAAUUCUAGUCAUACCAGUUUGUAGGGCUUGUUGAAUUAUUAACCGAUAUAUUCGGUUGGUAAGAAAUUUUUGUCGUUUUUUUUCGUAACUUCCUAGAACACUCAGGAAAGUUCUAGAAGUUUCCAUACUAAGGGUAUAUAAAGGAAGUGCAAAUAUCUUUCGAACAACAAUAAAACUAUGGAUAUACAGAGUGUCCCAGAAGUAAG